AUGCAACAGCAGACCGAUACCAACCUGCCGGCGCCAGAGGCCAAGGCGCGGUCCUGCGACAAUGAUGAUGGUGAUGGUCUUCCUCUGUCACACACAGACUGGGUGGAGGAACUGGUGAGCAGGCCCAACAUCCUGAGGCUCAUCUACCAGGGCCGCUUUCUACACGGCAACGUCACGCUAGGAGCACUCAAACUUCCUCUGGGGAAGACCACAGUAAUGCAUCUAGUUGCCAGAGAAACGUUGCCUGAGCCAAAUUCCCAAGGCCAGAGAAACAGAGAGAAGACAGGAGAGAGUAACUGCUGUGUCAUCCUGUAAAUCCUCUCCUCCGCCGUGGCCUCAUCCAGCCCCCCCCCCCUCCUCUGCCCCCCCCCCCCUCCUCUGUCCCCCCCCCCCCCCCUCCUCUGUCCCCCCCCCCCCGGAUCCAGCGCGAUGUCCUGUCCUGCAGCCGGCCGCCAUGCUGAUGCGUACACACACACACACACACACACAGUACUCACAUACACGCACAAACCGACGCACACACUCAAACAUACAGGCCCAGGCUAUCACAAACAUGCCUAUUGUCACAUGUCCAAGCACAGACACAGACACACACGCACAAACUAACACGUGCACGCGUCGUUCACAUGGAGACGCACGCCCCACUCGACUAUGAAGCAGGAGGGCACGGGCUGAGGCAGGGCACACACGUGGGAACAGGAUAUUGAUUACUUGGUGUUAUUGAUUCGUGUAUUGAUUGAACACAGGAGAAAAAUGAAGAGACUGGUGUAUCUAGGUCUGUGCUUUUCAACGCCAUCUCCCUUUCGCUUCCUGCUGUGACACACUCACGCUCACGCACGUGUUUUUCUACCCCUAGUCCGUCUGUUGUCCAGCCUCCCUGGGCUGGAUCUGGUCAUCAUAGCAACGCAAUGAACUUGCCUGGAAACCAUAGUUGUUUGGCCUCCCCUCACACUGAUAUGUAGUGAUACGCCAAACUCUCUCUCUCACACAGACGCACACACACACGCGCGCAUGCAGGCACACACCCGCGCACGCCCCUCCUGCCCACACAACCAUAUGUGUUGAGUUCUCUCCCAAGAUGGGAUGACAUGAAGCAUAGAUGUGCCCAAUCGGUGAACUCCAACUAGGACACACACACUGUCUCCUCCCCUCUUAUCUCUGCAUGAGUCGUCCUGCCUGGACUGAGCAUUCUCCACCUCACAGACACCACAGGCAAUGCCUAGCAGGCAGACAGACAGACAGGCAGGCAGGCCGACAGGCAGGCAGACCGGCAGGCAGGCAGACAGGCCGACACCCACACAGACAGCCCCUGUGUUUUUUAUUUGUGUGUCCAUGUAGUUUGCGACUGUAUGUUGACAGUCUAAGCACCCUUAUUGGCCAACCAGUGUUGUGAGUACAAUGACCCCCAUCCCAAUGUCAGAUAUCUCUCUCCAUCCCUCGGGAAGAAGAUAGGUUUCCCUUCAAACAUUUUUUUUUAAACAUGACAUUGUGCUUGAUUUAACUGGCGCUCACAAUCCAAGCAGGGAAAUUAAUCUGGAAUGAAGUGUUCUAUUUUUGUUUUGUUUAAAUCUCUCCUAUCCUCUCCGUAUAAAGGAAUCCAUUUUGCACAACAUUGAAGCAUGUGGUCCUUCAUGAAACCUUGUAAAAAAAGUUUCUUAUUUUGUUUUAUAUUUUUUCAAUGGGAAUAAUAUUCCAGCCUAAGGUAACAUAUGUGUAGAGUAUAUUUAAUAUGAAUCCUAUAUAGAAUAUGAUGACUAUCGAUCUUGUUCAUACACAAUAUAUUGGUGUUUAGUCUUUAAUUGUGUAUACAGCUUCAAGGACAGUGAUACUUUCACACGAUGACAACGUCUUGUACUUAAAGCAACAAAACCACCCUAAUAUUUCAACAGAUUCCAGUGUUCACUCGUCUCUACUUUAAUUUUUUAUUUUAACUAUAAUUUAAUAUAAUCUUUUUUUUCUCAAUCUCUGUGGAUGUUGCUUUAAAGAAUUGCUUUAUAACAACACUAGGUCUUAAGAAUAUUGUUUAUAUUGAUCAGAGUUCCAAUCUGUACAGAUCUUAAGUGUCCAAACCGAUUGUAUAUAGCACUAAAACCCCUCUCCUUACCCCUUCCAAUCUUCAAAUCGAAUACAUCUGUAAACUAAAUAAAGAAUAUUGAAGUGAA